CUGAAAUGAAAAGAAGUGGCAGAGAAACAGGAAGAGAAAGAAACCCGAGGAGCCAAAAUCCUCAGUGCGAUGGUUUCCAAGAACUGCUAGCCGCUUGCGGGGUUAAUUGGAAAAAGUAGAACCACUUAAUUCAAAGAAGGCAAGGGGGAAGCGUGAGAAGAGACAGGAGAUGCGAUCGACCGGCUUAGAUGGGAUGGAGGGGGUGGGGCGAAGCCGGAGAAACAGCCCGGGAGAAAGGAGACGUCAUUCCGGACCAGAACGCAAUUUGCUGAGACCCGCUGGCGUCUUGUAUGCAAAUGACCAGGGCUUCCCGGAGGCCGGGCUGAGCCGGGCGCGCUCGGCUUGCAGCCGGAGUCAGCGCCGAGGCCUGAAGCCCAGCGCCAGGGAGGGAAGCAUCUCCGGCCGUCGCCGAGGGAGGAUGGACGCGACCCAGAAGCGGAGAGUAAAUGAGGAUUAAAGCACUCGGGGGAAGGAAGCCCUCUUGAGAAGCUGUCGAAAUUCAAGGUGGGCAGAAGAGGUCAAUUCGACCCUCUGACCCUUGUGGUUUCAGGGACCCCUCGAUUCUCCAUCCUUGGCGAGAGAGUCCUUCCCCAGGGAAGUGAAGAUAAUGAACUUUUGGAGGUAUUACCUUUUUGCUUCCACUGUGUUCAGUGUGGUGAUUUUUGUGGUCCUUUACAAUAGCCGGUUAAGCCUGCCAAAAAGUUAUGGGAAGCUGAAUAGUUCCAGUGAAAGAUAUUUUCAAAUACAUGCCUGUAAUUACGCCUUAGAAGACAAGUCAUCCUUUUUGUGGGAAAAGACAUUGCCAUCACCGGUGGGAAGUGUCCCUUGCAAGGACUACCUGACCCAGAAUCACUACAUCACAAGCCCCCUGUCAGAAGAAGAAGCUGCGUUCCCCUUGGCAUAUGUCAUGGUUAUUCACAAGGACUUUGAUACUUUCGAAAGGCUCUUCAGGGCUGUUUAUAUGCCCCACAAUGUCUACUGCGUGCACGUGGAUGAGAAAGCCACCGCUCAUUUUAAGAAAUCUGUGUGGCAGUUACUGAGUUGCUUCCAAAAUGCUUUUCUGGCUUCCAAGGCAGAGCCUGUGGUCUACGCAGGAAUUUCCAGGCUCCAGGCUGACCUGAACUGCCUGGAAGACCUGAGGGCCUCGGAGGUGCCCUGGAAGUACGCCAUCAACACCUGCGGGCAAGAUUUCCCCCUGAAAACCAACAGGGAAAUCGUUCAGCAUCUGAAAGGCUUUAAAGGGAAAAACAUCACCCCAGGGGUGCUGCCUCCCGAUCAUGCGAUUGGACGGACCAAGUAUGUACACCGAGAGCACCUGAGCAAAGGUGGCUCUUUUGUGAAAAAUACUUAUAUUUUAAAAACCUCACCUCCACAUCAGCUGACCAUCUACUUUGGCACUGCCUAUGUGGCGCUCACCAGAGAGUUUGUCAACUUUGUCUUCCAGGACCAAAGGGCCAUUGAUCUCCUACACUGGUCAAAAGACACAUACAGCCCUGAUGAACAUUUCUGGGUAACACUUAAUAGGAUUCCAGGUGUCCCCGGCUCCAUGCCCAACGCAUCGUGGGCCGGUAACCUCAGAGCCAUAAAGUGGAUUGACAUGGAAGAUAAACACGGAGGCUGCCACGGCCACUACGUCCACGGCAUUUGUAUCUAUGGAAACGGAGACUUGAAGUGGUUGAUUAAUUCAUCAAGCCUCUUUGCCAACAAGUUUGAGCUCACGACGUACCCUCUUACUGUAGAAUGUCUUGAACUGCGGCUUCGAGAGAGAACCCUCAAUCAGAGUGAAGUUGCAAUACAGCCCAGCUGGUAUUUCUGAUCUGCUGCAGCUCAGGGCUGGAGGGAAAUCGCAGCUGGGAAGGAGAGCCUUUCUUAGGGAGAGAACUUUGCCUAGGGUUAAAUGAACAGUUUGAGGACCACAGUUACGGCUUCAGGACCCGACUACACUAUUACAUGUUAAAAUACCUACUGGACACUGUGAAAUGCACUAUCAGGAUGGUUGUACAGAGUGAUCCCGGCGCUCUGGUCACGCUGGCAGUUCCCUGAGGCUCCCCUCUGUAUCAGGCUAAAGUUUUGAUCAAUGAUAAAUGUAACUGUCAUCAGAUCUUUGCAUCGGAUACUCAUGGUAGAUAAAUGCUCUAAUGAAAAGGAGAAUUGUAGAUAGUACUGUUUAGGAAAAUAAGAAUUGGGUGUCUUUGAAGAAGGAAUCUUUCAUGACAGAUCGAUAGCCACACAUUAACGGACACUCCUUCUCUUUGCUCAACUACACUUAGGCGUAGAAACUGUUUUCUGAGUAACUCACCAAACUCCUUUAAAACUUGACUGAGAACGAGAUCUUGUUCCUGCGUUGCAGGAGCAGCACUUUCCAGUUUCCUGUGUCUUAGGUUCUUUCUAGAACGUAAAGUCGUUCGCAGGAGACAGAAUUGAAGAUGGCAGUCACUGCCUGCCACUUCAGUAAAAGGACCCCGCGAAUCAGUUUCUUGAUAAUUUGUCAGAAUGUGCUCCGAUCCCUCUUGCAUCAUUUUCCAUUGAGAACAAGGAAGAGUUCUCCAAGAAUGAAGAUAUUCCUCCAAGACAGGAAUUGCAUAGGAAUUGUUGCAUAGGAGAGUGAAUCACUGUCCUUCUCUGCCGCCACCCCUCGCCCCCACCAAAGUGAUGUCAUCUGCAACAUGGAGACCGAGUUGUAGCCGUGAGCCCUUCAGGAAUCCAGAAUGUUCCCUGGGUAGCUUUGCCGUGCCUGGUGCUGAUAGGGGUGCCUGGGUUUUUAAGAGCUUUCACCUGUGGGCGAAACUCUCUGUCACUUACCUUUUGUCCCGUUUACCCAUCCACUUCAUUCAUUCAGGAGUCGGUCAGUAAGCAUCUCCUGGGUGUCUGUUAUACAGCAGACACGUGCAGAGACAAGGAGGAGGAGAAAAUCAGAAGCUGUUUCACUCUAAACAUCUUGGCAGUAACGUCACUGUUGGAGAGGCUGCUCUAAAAGAGUCUAGAAUCUGGUUGUGUUUUAUUAACGCAUGUGUGGGGUUGCCAGUUGUGAUAUCGGGCUGAGGGCAUCAUCAACUACAAAGUGAGGUCUAAAUCGGGGAUUAUUCCCGAGAGAGAAGUGGGGGACGAGGCAGCAGCUGCAGCGGAUUGCGUUCUAGGUGUCCUGCCAGCAACUUGACACCUCAUUGCCUUCCAGCGUCACAGCACUCUCGUGAAGCUCGCGUUGAUCGCCCCGUUUUGCAGGUGAAGUUAGUGAGGCUCAGACAGGGUCUUAAUAAGGACGAGGGAACAAGUUCUCUGAAAAUCAGGAUUCUUCCCUGGUCUGCUUAGUUCAUUGCCUGAAGUGGACCACUGGGAGAAGGUGAAAUAAAGCCAUAUUUAGUGUAACAGAUUGGCUUCAGUGUUAAUAUUUGAGGAAACAUCCUGUGACCUCGGGAGAAUGUGAAGUCUACUUUGUACUCCGUGGAUCUGUUGAGUUCCAUAAUAUUUAUUCUAAUGAAAAACAGUGACUACAACUCAUGGUACACUUAAUGAAUGCAAUUUUAUUAUUUUUUUCUGUCCUUGUGCCUGUUGAAUGUUGGUCACAUUUAAGGGAAUGACUUUGAAGUAAAGCCUUCUUUUCUCCUGCUACUGAAAACGAUGGAACUGUACUGGGUGAUGAAGUGUCAAAGGGUAGGGAAUACACCCAGAGCUAAUGGCAGAAUCGAAACAUCACCGUUUUUGUUUUUUCCAGCUUAUUUACAUGACGCCCCCUGAGAAGAAGGAAUGUUUUACACUGGAUCCUUCUCACGUAGAACAAGAAAUCUUUCGGAAUAGAUGUUUACAUGUCCAUUGCUGGUCAUUUCUUCUAUGUCUGAAGUGCUUUAAUAUUGGAAGAAUGUCGUGUUCGGACUAGUGGGUUUCGGCUAGCCCAUGAGAUGCCUUUGUUUUGAUGACGUUCCACGUUGUUUUCUUGGAAAUAAAUUAAUAUAUUGUUUUCCAUC